AUGGGUGCGGAUACUAAAGCCUUCAUGAUUGUUCUCAAGAACCUCAUCCGACCCUAUGUCAAUGACGGCUUCUUCGAGAUCCCUCAGUUUGCUUAUAGGACCAACGCCAGCACGCAGGAUGCACUUCUCCGAGGAGCUCGGCACUGUCGGGAUGUACGUGAGUCCGUGGCUCAGGUCAAAUCGGACUUAACUUCCAAGUUCACUGGCAUGGCCAACACAAUGCUAUGCGGAGGGCUAAUGAUAAGUCUGGAUUUGGCCAAAGCUUUUGACUCACUGACUUAUCCUGAAAUGUACGCCAGCCUUAGAGAGUGUAACGUGCCUGAUGAGAUUUCCUGGCUUCUGGUCGAGGUUCACCGGCAAACAGUUUGUGACAUCAGACAUGGCGGCGUAACAGGGAGCACGCGCAUGCAUCGAGGUCUCCGCCAGGGAUGCCCCGCAGCGCCACUCAUUUACGUAGGUCUUUCAGCGGCCCCGAAUGUUCCGGACUCACAUCUGCCACUCCAUGGACAGCUGGAUUAUCUUGGGGCUACAUUGUCCUAUACGGCCUUCGAACAGUUGACCUUCGACAAACGAGCCAAACAGGCAUGGAUCACCUUUCACCGCCUUCGUCCAGCACUGCGCACGCAGGGGCCUCUGAGUCUAGGUCAGCGCAUUCGCAUCUUCAAGGUCUUCGUGAUGCCCACACUAAUGUAUGGAAUUGCGUUCGUAGGGAUCACGCAGCAUGUUGCGCGGGGCUUGAUUCGCACAUUGUCUCAGAUGCUGCGGAAAGUCCUUCGGAUACACGAACAUGGCGUAUCCAAUCAAGCAGUUCUGCAGCGUGCCCAGAUUUGUCCAGACCGGGUUGUCCAGGAUGAGCUCCAGAACAAACAAAUUGCCAUCUCCAAAGAUACUCUCCGCUGCGCAGCUUUACGUGAUGAGGCGGUGCAGCAGAUUGCCCAACACCAGGAGGCCGCGGCUACAGCUUUCAACUCAGGCAGUGAGAUCUUGGUAGCGGUAGAUGAUGCCGCCGACAGCUUUGCCGUCGCAGACACUAUGAUUGGAUCAGUCUGGAAAGGCAUAUCACCGAAGGCAGUACAGAAGGAGGAGGCGGUCAAUCCACCAGUUCCCCCGGAGGCUCUGCGAACGGAGGCGCCCUUCCUUGAUAGGCAUGCGCAGCUAAUGCAGGUGCGAUUUUCAGAAGUCCUUGUCAGUUCUGCGGGAGCACGGCCAAGGUUGUACUUCUACGUCAUCUUCAUCGCCAUGGGCUCCUUCACUCGAACAUCAAUGCCACCCGCGGCCCAUCCCUAA